CAGCUGGGCAGUGACAGAGUCACAGAGGUCGUGAAGAAGAUUCUUUGGUAAUUGUGCAAACAUAAGCCAGAUUCGUGACCUUUCUGUUCUUCGGGACACCAGGGUCAGAAUCAUCUUCCCUCAUGGAUGGCCUGUGGAAUGAAGAUUGUUAAAGCUACUGCUGAGCCCAUGUUGACUACAGGCUUUCCUUGAUUUCCCAUAGAAAGUACCAUCCAUCCUUCCUGAAAGAAAUUAUUCUUCCUUCUGAAAAUCAGACUCUGGUCAUGAGAUGAAACCAUUCUCUCACCACCUCCUGUGGAUAUUUCCCUUGUCUGACUUCACCACUCAUCCCGACAUACUACAGAAAGACAUGAGAGAGACCAAAAACACAUCCCUGGACACCAUCGUGACAGGCUUCAUUCUCCUGGGCUUACCUCACCCCCCCAGUCUGAGGACCCUCCUCUUCCUGGUCUUCUUCAUCAUUUACAUCCUGACUCAGCUGGGGAACCUGCUCAUUCUGCUCACCGUGUGGGCUGACCCAAAGCUCCACGCUCGCCCCAUGUACAUUCUUCUGGGCGUGCUCUCAUUCCUGGACAUGUGGCUCUCCUCAGUCAUUGUCCCUCGGCUAAUAUUGGAUUUUACUCCUGCCAGCAAGGCAAUGCCCUUUGGUGGCUGUGUGGCUCAACUGUAUUUCUUUCACUUCCUGGGCAGUACCCAGUGUUUCCUCUACACCUUGAUGGCCUACGACAGGUACCUGGCAAUAUGCCAGCCCCUGCGCUACCCCGUGCUCAUGAAUGGGAGGUUAUGCACCAUCCUCGUGGCUGGGGCUUGGGUGGCCGGCUCCAUCCAUGGGUCUGUCCAGGCCACCCUGACCUUCCGUCUGCCAUACUGUGGGCCCAACCAAGUGGAUUACUUUAUCUGUGACAUCCCUGCAGUAUUGAGACUGGCCUGUGCUGACACGACCGUCAAUGAGCUUGUGACCUUUGUGGACAUUGGGGUGGUGGCUGCCAGUUGCUUCAUGUUAAUUCUGCUCUCCUACGCCUGCAUAGUCCGCGCCAUCCUCAAGAUACGCACUGCUGAUGGGCGGCGCCGAGCCUUCUCCACCUGCGGCUCCCACCUAACCGUGGUCACAGUCUACUAUGUCCCCUGCAUUUUCACCUACCUCAGGGCUGGCUCCAAGAGUCCCCUGGAUGGGGCAGUGGCUGUGUUUUACACUGUUGUCACUCCAUUACUGAACCCCCUCAUCUAUACCCUGAGGAACCAGGAAGUGAAGUCCGCUCUGAAGAGAAUAACAGCAGGUGGAAAGGCCACCAGAGAAAACAAGUAACUACAGGCCCAGGGACUUCCUGCCUCACCAUUGCUACCACACCUCUCAGCUUCUGCUGCGUGUGGCAAACGUUCAAAAAUAUAU